AGUUUCAACGAUAUCCUGCAAAUCAGUUAUUGUACUUUACUUAAAAGUUGAGGAUUCAGUUACAUCACCAACAAUUUUCGUUGAACUAGUUGAAUUGGAAAACCAUAAUGCAGAGACAAUAUGAUCUUCAGUUAUGGAAAGUUCAAAUAAUAUUGGGCUUACUAAGAACUACCUAGAAAAAAAUUUAAUAGGAUUUUGCUCCGAUAUUGCCAGCGUUAUACUUGGAAAAAAUCUGGAGUGAGCACUAAAAUUGCGAAAGAUUUCCAAACAUAAUAAUACGGCACUAUUUAAACUAUCGCCUCCAUCUUGUUUUGGAUGAUUUGAUAAAGGAAAUAAAGCAAGUAAAUUAUUUUAAAAUAUUUAUUGAUAAGAUAUAUAUGUAUUAUUUUUCAUCAAUCCAAUAAGAACCAAAUUAAAGUUUCCAAAAUAACCGAACAACUUGGGAUUGAAAUUAUAAAGAUUUGUAGAGUUUUGGGACCAAGAUGGGCUGCCUAUAGUUUAAAUUCAGCCUAGCCUAUAGCGUACUUAUCAAGCGCUAUAUCACUAUUUUUAUUCAAAUAAAAAGUACUUGGGAUAUGACCGCCCAUCUUGAAAAUAUACAUUUUAUAACUGAUUUGGCAUUGAUGAUUGAUAUUUCAAACCAAAUUUCUCUUCUUUAUAUUUCUUGCACUGCAAGCAAGAAAUAUAGACAUAAUACAGGCUGAAAAACUAGUGAUAAAAUCUACUAAAACAUUUCAAAUGCUUGGAAGGAAAGGGAUCCAAACGAAAAAAAUCAUAGAUUUAUCGGGCCUCCUUGAGAAAGACUUUUAGAAAACGUCGUAACGGAUUAAAAAACAAAAAAAAAAGACUAAUGGAUUGUGGAUAUUUAGAAGCAAGUUGUAGCCAAUGUCAAUAUGAAAUAAAUUACAAUUUCUAAAUUUUUUGGAGUCAGGUUACUGGAAUAUUGAAGAAGUACUAGUUCCAUGGAAAGCAGCUGAAGAACAAUUGAGCGUAUUUAAUGACAUUUUUAAUUACUAAAAUGAUAUUAAUGAAUAUCGAGAUUUUCCCAAAAUUAUGUAAUUCCUGAAAAUGUUCAAACAGCUAAAAAUAUUGUCAAAACAGUUGCUGUAAGUUCAACAGAAGCAGAAAGGGGUUUUUCAAAGAUAAACAUAUGUUAAGAGAAGAGAAGUCGCCUGUUUCUAAUAUAUCAAACACAAUGAUUAUUGGUCUAAUCGGCCUACCUCUAAAGAAAUGAGAUCCUACUCCUACAGUGAAAAGGUAAUUAAGGUUGAACCUCACAACUGAUGAUGCUCGGAUAAAUGCGAAAAAAAAAAUUGCAAGUAAGGAAGCCAAUCAAGAAGCAAUAUUGAAAUGUCUUAAAUAACAGUUUUAUUGUUUUUUGUCAGAAUAUAACAAGUAUGAAUAGAGGACAAGGUGGAAGAAGACCUUUUUGGAAUAGAAGAGGUGGACAUCCAGGUUCAUGGAAGUCAUAUAAGAAAAAGAAUCUACCACAAAAUCCUGGAUCCUCUAAAGAUAAAUUAAAUACAAGUAAUACAUCCAGUAUUAUGCAAUUAUUGAGUGUAUCAAAUCCAUCUGGUAAUUUGAAACAAACACAAGUUGACACAGUAGACUUUUCUCCUCAGUCAGGUCCUUAUUCAGGAUGGAAGCUUUAUAUAACAAAUGAAGAAUAUAAACCAAACAGUGAAACAGUUAAAAAAUUAAAAUUAGUUGAAACAUAUUGCAAGACAUUAAAGACAGAAAUAGGCACUGAUAGUAUUGAAUCCAAAGGAUCUUUCAUUAUUGAAAUUAGCCAAGUUUUGAAAGAUAAAAGCUUAAAUCUAGAAUGGCCUGAUAUUGUUGAUAACAUAAGAGAUUCACCUGCAACAGUAAUUGAAUAUUUUGGAUUAGCAAUGCAUCACAUUAUAACCGAAGAAAUUAAAGAAGAAUUAUCAGUAAAUCUAUCUUUUUCUGAGGAGAUUAACAAAAGUGCAGAUUCUGUACAGUGUAACAUUCCAAAAAUUCAUGCACGGUUUGUUGGUUUUGAACCUCUAACUCCACUUAAACAAAUCAAAGCAAAUUCUUAUGGAAAAUUUGUUUCCAUUAAAGGAACUGUUGUAAGAGUAAGUAAUAUUAAACCAUAUUGCACAAAAUUAGCUUUUGAAUGCAAAAGUUGUUUGGUUACUCAAGUUGUUACCCAAUUAGAUGGAAAAUAUACCCUUCCAAAAAAAUGUGUAACUAAAGGUUGUCGAUCACAUCAGUUUUUACCUCUACGAGAUUCAAAGUUAACAGAAACAGUUGACUGGCAAAAAAUCAGACUUCAAGAAAUUAUUGUUGAUGAACAAAGAGAAGGUGGUCGUGUUCCUAGGACAAUUGAAUGCAAACUCUUGUAUGAUCUAGUAGACAGCUGUGUACCUGGAGAUGUGGUAACAGUUUCAGGAAUUGUGAAUGUUAUGAAUACUCAAGAUAAUAAUUUUCAAACCAAUAAGGAUAGAUGUAUGUUUCUCUUAUAUAUUUCAGUAAAUUCCAUUGUAAAUUGUAGGGAAAAUAAUUCUUCAAAAACAUACAGUGAUAAUUUAUCUUUAGUCGGUAUUGAUUUAAGUGCAAAGGAUUUAAGUGCUAUUAAUGCUAUACGUAGUGAAGACAAUUUAUUUCGUUUAUUCGCUGCUUCCUUAUGUCCUACUAUAUAUGGUCAUGAAAUGGUAAAAGCUGGAUUAGUUUUAGGUCUUAUUGGUGGAUCACAAAAGUUUCUUAAUGAUGAUAAGAAAAUACCAAUAAGAGGUGAUAUACAUGUUCUGAUUGUUGGGGAUCCUGGUUUAGGAAAAAGCCAAAUGUUACAAGCCUGUGCUAAUAUUGCUCCUCGUGGUGUUUAUGUAUGUGGAAAUACAACAACAACUUCAGGAUUAACUGUCACUUUAACCAAAGAAGGAGCAAAUGGUGAAUAUGCUUUAGAAGCUGGAGCAUUAGUUCUGGCAGAUCAAGGCUGUUGCUGUAUUGAUGAAUUUGAUAAAAUGAAUAAUCAACAUCAUGCAUUGUUAGAAGCAAUGGAACAGCAAACAAUUAGUAUUGCUAAAGGUGGUAUGGUAUGCAGUUUGCCAGCAAGAACAUCCAUUUUAGCAGCAGCAAAUCCAGUUGGUGGACAUUAUAAUAAAGCCAAAACUGUUUCAGAAAAUAUUCGUCUGGGAAGUGCACUUCUGUCAAGAUUUGAUUUAGUAUUUAUUCUUUUAGAUAAACCUAAUGAGGAACUUGAUGACAAACUUUCCAAACAUGUGAUUGCUCUGCAUUCAGGCAAAAGUGAAAGUUCGCAACAAUCAUCAGCUUUAUCCAAAGCCUCAUCUCAAAUAUCUUUUGUGAGUAGACUUGACUGUAGUAGUUUAGAUGAUAAAAAUUUCCUUGAAGAUCGUCUCAAGUUUCAACAUGGUGAAAUCUGUGAUCCAAUUCCUCAUCAGUUAUUGCGUAAAUAUGUGGCUUAUGCUCGAAAAAAUAUUAAACCCAAACUAACACAUGAUGCAGCAAAGACUUUGCAGAAUUUUUACUUGGAGCUUCGUAAAAAUCAUCAGACAUCAGAUUCUACACCUAUUACAACUAGACAAUUAGAAUCAAUGAAAAGAUUAACAGAAGCCAGAGCUCGAGUUGAAUUACGAGAUCAAUGCACUAAGCAGGAUGCUUUGGAUAUUGUAGAGUUAAUGAAAUUUAGUAUGAUUGAUACAUACUCAGAUCAGUUUGGAUUGUUGCAUUUUCAGAGAUCUCAACAUGGUUCUGGGAUGAGCAGUAAUUCUAAAGCUAAAAAGUUCAUAUCAGCUUUAACAGCAAUAUCACAACAGACUUGUAGUUCUUCUUUUACUGCCAAACAAAUGAAACAAAUCUGCAAAGAAUUAAAUUUACAGAUUUCAGAUUUUGAUAAUUUCUUAUUUUCAUUAAAUAAUCAAGGUUUUUUAUUGAAAAAAGGACCAAACAUAUAUCAACUACAAACAACUGAUUUCUAACAAUGUUUUUUUUUUUCUUUUCUUUUUUGUAUAAAUUUGAAAUGUUUCUUCAAUUAAAUAUUUAUUAUACAGUGGGUAAUCAAUUAACAAACAUAAUCUGUUCCAAGACCGUGUUCGCUACCCGAAUUAUUCAUUAACCAAUUACUGAUUACUAUAGAUUUUUAUGGAAAUUUAAUUCAUACUGGACACUCCAAAGAUAAAUAAAACUUUAUAUACUUU